CCAUUAGCGUUUCUCAAAUGUCUGGAUUCUUCUUUUUGACACGUUUCUCUCUCUUCCCUCUUAUAAAUUCUCUCCGCCUGCGUACUUUUGCAUUUUCUCUGCCCUUUGGAGGGGUGUUUUAAGGAUUCAGAGCCGAAACAAUCUCAAAACAGAGAGAGAGAGAGAGAGAGAGAGAGAGAGAGAAAUUCUCAACAAACAACAAAAACCCCAUAUCAAUAGCAACAACAAUUUUGAGAUUUUAUAGAGGAUCUGAUAACACACGACAAAGGAACCCUUAUACAAAGACAAGGAGACAGGAUUUUCAUCGGAUCGUCACUAUGACAACCCUAAUCGCAAAUUUUUGGACUAUUAGGGUUAUGAUGAUCAGAGAUUGAUGUUGUAUGUACAGAAUUGGAUUGUAUAGUUAGUUUUUAGUUAAUAUGCACUUGGGUCUGCACAUUGAAUCUGUGAAAGUGAAUUCCUCUGUUUAGCCGCAUAGCAAAGCUGAAGUAUACACAAGGUUGUUAUCUUGGAUGUAUUUGGAUUUAUGGGUUUGGUUUGAGUUAUUGAUACUUGUAGUGAAGGGAAGCUCCUGAUAUUCGAUUUUGCUUAUGAGCAGGUUCUGAUUUGUCUGUUGGCCCAGUGGCAAACGCCAGGAUCAGAUAGCUCUGAAGCUUCAGCAUUUUUCAGAAGAAUUCUUUCAUAUUGACAUAGAUUGAUUUCCACUUAUCUGGUCAUUUUUGGAGCUAGUUCAUUGUUUAUCGCAGUGGAAUCGAGCAUAUAAGCUUUAUUUGUAUUUUUUUAAGUCAAGUGUUUAGUUUACACUGGGCAACUCCUGAAGUGUAUUUGUGAAUAAGAGGAUAAUUAAAAAUUUUGGUCUGGGAGGUAUUUUGGAAGACAAUGGAUUGAUUUUUUAGGCUGGAAAUGACUGCAAGGACAUGGUGCAUGGACGAGAGCAUAGAUUCUGGUCUGUUCCCGUGUUGGAACAACAGUACAGGAUUCUAGAAGAAGCCCUCUGUGGAUAGAUCCCACUUUGCCAUUUCAAGGACCACCUGCAAUGUCUCGCUGCUUUCCAUUUCCGCCUCCAGGAUAUGAAAAGAAGGCUAGAAUUGAUGAUACAGAAUUACUUAAAAAGGUUAUAUUAUCUCCUUAAGUAACUACAAUUGCUACCUUGAGUUGCCUUAACGUCUCAGGUCUUUGCUUUCUGGCCAUUCAUUCUAUAUACUUAUUUGUGUUGAAUCAUAUAAAUUGUUUGUGAUUUAACUUUGGAAAGCUUUGCUGGAGUUUGAAACUCUGGUGUUAAGGCAUUUUGACUUGAGGAAAAAUGAAAUUUUCAUAAGAUUUUGCACCCAACAACUUUUGUAGAGAAUUAUAUGGAACUUUACUGCAAGAUAGAAGAAAGUUUAUUAGGAGAGCUCAUGCUAAAUUUGGAAACACCAGAAGACAACAAUGUUGAAGAUGAUUCGUUUGGAGAUGUUGAUCAUGACUAUGUUGCAGUAUAUUCUGAUUUAUGUCAAAAAUGGGGCAAGGAGAAUAUGUGAAUUGAUAUCAAAAGCAGGGACAAGUCUACUACAGGAGAAGAAUAAGGAGAAAAAGCACAAAAAGGAUAAGGAGGAGAAAGAAAAGAGGGAGGGUAAAGAGAAAAGGGAUAAAGAUAGAAGUAAAGAGAAAAAUAGAGAAAAGAAAGACCGAAAAGAGAAGCACAAAGACAAGGAUAGAGAUAAAGAAAAAAACCGGACUUCAGAUGAGAAGAAAGUUGAAUGGCAACCAGGCUUUUAUGAUGGACAAAAGUUUGGUUCAGAGAGCCUGCAGAAUAAUGAGAUCAAGGAUUCUUUAUGCGUGCAGGAAUUGGCCAGAAGAAUUAAGGAUGAAGAUAGAGCAUCAGGGAGCCAAAUGUUUGAGAAGGUUGUUGCCACAGAUCAAAGAAGAGGUGAGAUACAGGGAAUGGUGGUGGAAAGAAAUAUUGGCAAUCAAUCUGAGGAAAAAGAAAAGUUUAAGAAUAAGAAUGAAGAUCAUAGGAAAAUCAAUGGGCAGAGAAAUCAUUUUGAUACAACAGGUUUGGGAAAGGCAUUUCAUCAAAAUUUCGUUGGCAUGGCCCAAGAAAGAGUUGAAGGAGUUGUCAAGUUGGUGGAGAAGAAGGAUGCUGAGAAGCAGAUGGAGGGGAAAGAGAAGAGUAAACACAAGGGAAGUGAUGGUAAGGGUAACAAACACAAAGGCAAAGACCGAGAGAAGAAUAGAAAAUCAAAGGAUAAAGACCGGGAUAAGGAAGAAAAGACGGAGAAAGCGAAGGAGAUAACUGAACCAAUUAAAGAGAAGCCUAAAUUAAAAGAAAAUGUCUCUAAACUAAAAGAGGGUAGCAGGGACUCACUAGACUUCCGAAAUAUCAAAUCAUCAGAAUCAUUGAAGUUAAGCAAUGUAAGUCCUGCUGCUGAGGGAAAUCUUGGAAAGCGAAAGGAGCUUGAGGAAAAUGGAUAUUUACUUGACAAUGGGAGGCGGCCUAAUAAAUUUCCAAGGCCUCUGUCUUCCUCUUUCCCAGCUGUUGAAAAUCUAAGGUUGGCAAAAUGCCAAACUGCUAUUCAGUCAUCUGAGAAGCAGGGGUUAGCUAAUAAUCAUAUAGUGGAUAUCAAGGAACAGAAGCUUAAUGGCUUAGUAGCUGUUCAAGAGCCCAAUUUGUGCUCAAAAAAGCCUUCAUCUAUUGGCGUAGCAGCAAAUGAGAAUAGUGAAAUAUCUUCAAAACCACAUCCUGAUGUGAAAUAUCUGAGUCAGAUACUUUCUAUACCAGAAAUGGAGGAAUGGCCUGAUGCUAAUGAUCAGGAAUGGCUGUUUAGCAGUAGUCAUUUGCUAACAAAAAAGCCCAGCGGUGGUUCUCCCGGGGAUGAUGGAACACGGCAAGUAUGGGCAGAAGGUCUUCGGAUAGAGUCUGCAGACAUUUCAGCACUGCCAUAUGUCAUUCCUUACUGAUUUAUUGCGAAUGAUAGGACUUUCCCUUUCUACAAUUCCCCAACAUGGCUGUUAGCCUCCAGGGAACACCUGGGGAGGUAUGCUGACAUCUGGGUCUUGAUAUUAUCGGUCUGUUACUUCCUAUUCUUUUAUUGGUUGCCCAGCCCAGAUUGGCUUGUUAAGGUGCAGAAAGUAGUUCUGAUCUCUGUUGCAGCAAGUGUUGAUGGUGUCUGAUUUCCUUGUCGUGGGAGUGAUUUGUUUCUGAAUGGGACAGUCGCAUAAACUAAUAGUUUUUGUUGCAUUUUUUCAGGACUGUUGAGGGGGGGAGGUGGUUUUGUUGACUUAUUUUUGUAGUUAUUUGUAACAGCCACAUUUUGGAAACAUUCCUCAAGUGAACUGAUGAGAGAAAGGACAUUAAACUGAAAAAGUUGAAUGGUUAGUUAUGAUUCUUCUUA